AUGGCAUUAUUCAAAAAUUUUUUUAAAUAUAUUGAAAUAUUAACAAUUUCUAUAUAUAAUGAUAAUGGAUCAAAUUUUUUUGAUGGAGAACAAUGGGAAGAAUUAAUUUCUACUUCAAUACCAAAGUUACGUAUUUUUGAUUUUCAACAUCAUUAUAGUGGAGCAAUGGACCAUUUCUUAUAUGCUUGUCAUAGUGGUGACUUUAGAUCAGAAUUUUGGACAAAUAAACAAUGUUUUUUUCAUAAUCAAUGUAAUAAUGCACUCAAGUCUGGUGAUGCACUCUUUUUUACAAUAAAUCCAUAUCGAAGAAAAACUCAUGAAUUUUAUUGGGAACAUGAUCUUAUGACUAGAUCAUAUAUACAAGAAGAUAGUUUCAGAUCAGUUAAACAAAUUUCUAUUCAUGGUACAGAAACUUAUAUAGAUCGUUGUGUUUAUUUUCCCAAUGUUAAUGAAUUGACAAUUCAUGAUUGUGGUUCAAUUUCAACAUCUCUUAAUAAGAUUCUUCCUUUACAUCAAUUGAACAAAAUAAUUAUCAAUUCCAAUAAAUUUCGUUUUAAAGAUAUUUUAAAUUUAAUUAAUGUUACAUCGAAUUUAAAAACAUUCAAAUGGUAUUAUCAUUCAAUUGAUGAAGAUCAAUUAAAAUUAAUUGAACAAAGUGAUAUUUAUCAAUGUGUAUUAAACAACAAUAAAAUUGAAAAUUUCGAAAUAAUUCAUUAUUGUUGUUCAUUAAAAGAAAUUUUAUUUUUUAGUCAAUUAUUUUCAAAAUUAAAAACAUUUCAAAUUGAAAUAAUUAAUAAAGAAUUCAUUUUAAUAAUGCGAUAUUUAUUAUUAAAAAUGUCUCAUUUAGUUUUUUUAUGUAUUAAAGAUUUACCGAAAACUUAUUCAAACAAAUUAAAUAUUUUGAUCAAAUCAGAUAAUUUACUUGAACAUUAUUUUAUUAAAUUUAUUAAUCGAGAUUUAUAUUUAUGGUAUUAG